CCCUUAUCUGGAACAAGAAUGACAUGGUCAAUUGCAAAAUGUUCCCGCAAAAGUAUAAAUGGUGAUCAACCGUUGAUGAGGCGAACUCGAAUCGUUUGAGUCCUGCCCUAUUUGGUUCUUAUUAUUUGUGAUUUCAGGUGGAAUACUCAAAAUAAUGGGAUUCUAGACCACAUCAAUGAUCUACCACUGGUAAAUUAUCUCGAAUCCGCAAAAUUAUAUCUAAAAGAUGGCGUCAGAUCCUGGAAACCAAACGGUGUGCGUUUGUCCUCCCGGAGAAAGGGAAGAUUUCGACUCUUUUCCCGUGUUGUUAUUGCAUCUAAAAAGGAUAGUCGCAGACAAUGCCGAAUAUUUUAGUAAAUACGCUCAUAAAGCUGUCUAUAAGAGGUUUCAUGAGUCUUUUAAGCAAAUUUUAGAUUCUAUUGGAUCAAUGGAAGAAUUGUCGACCUAUCUCGCUCAGAGAGUAACCCUCUUCGACUUCAGCCCCGAAAUCAAAGGCAACGGCUACAGGAGUUUAUUACGAAUAACGGAGCAUGGAAUUCGAGUGGUUACAGAAAUCAGUUACUAUUGCCUUACACACCGAGAAAAGUUUUACUUUAGAACUCAUCACUACUGUUUAGAAGUUGAAGCAUAUACCUCGCUAUUUUUGAGAGUGAGGGACCUCCUUCAGUAUUCCAAGACUUGUAUGGCAGAAAGCAAGCUAGGCGACUUAUUCCCGACUUCAAUUGACUCGCAAGUUAUGAUAGAAGCCGAGCAAAUGGAUAGAGAAUGCUUCUACGGACGUACGCUCGGGUUUCAGUACAUGCCAUCAUUACGACAGUUCCUUCACAUGGUUUGUGUGCUCAUGGCAUCCUUUGCUGAGGGCUUUGACCGUCAUAAGACCAGUCCAAUAGCCCUCAUGACGGCAUCUGUCCUACACACUGGCAAGUACACCGUCAACCCAGAGAUGAGGGCCAAGAAGAUCAUAAAAUUGACCGAAAAGACAAAUAUGGACUUUUGCCAGGCAUUCUGGGGAAUAACAGAGGGCUAUGGGAUUCAGCAUUUUCCACUGCUUGUGUGCCCCGCCCUUAAGGUGAACAGGGUUUUCCACAUCCCGUCUCAGCCAUUUGAGCUUGCAUCUCCUGAUGGGGAGUUGAUCUCUAUCGUACCUCCAUGCUCCUGGUCAGGGCUGGCCCCCACCCAGGUCCGACUGAUGUCAUAUGAAUGGAGGGAUGGCCAGAGUCGUGAUGGCAGUAAAGAAGAGGGCUCGGUGUCCAAACUCAAGCCUCGUGCUAAAGGUUUGAUUCUGCACAUUCACGGGGGAGGAUUUGUGGCCCAGUCUUCCAAGUCACAUGAGGUCUAUCUACGCAUGUGGGCACGUGACCUCAAUGUACCAAUCCUGUCCGUGGAUUACUCACUAGCCCCUGAUAACCCGUUCCCCCGGGCGCUAGAGGAGUGCUUCUUUGCAUACGCGUGGGCGCUGAAGAACCCCGACAAGUUGGGCACCACCCUGGAGUACGUGUGUGUGGCGGGAGACUCGGCAGGUGGUAACCUCAGCGUCGCCCUGUGUAUGCGCGCGGCGGAGUAUGGGAUACGUCGACCGGACUCGGUCCUCGCAGCAUACGCUCCAUUCAAUGUACAGUACAUCCCGUCCCCUUCCCGCUUACUUAGCUUGAUGGACCCCCUGCUUCCGACAGGCAUAUUAGAAGCAUGUCUGAAAGCCUACGCUGGCCUUGGAAAAUCCCCCUUUGAAGAGUGUAUCAAAACACCCUUUGUGCCACUGAUCGAGAGGAAGGUAACUGCACCCGUGGAUAUACAUGCGAACAAUGUGAAAGCGGAGUCGUUUCUGGAUAGACUCAGGUCGAGAGUGAGAAGCCCAGAAGAAAGUCCAUCAGUCGAGAGCCCCACUGUAGCAAAUGGUGACUGUGGUGAGCACGGGAGCCUUCUUUUGGCAAAUGGUGACUGCGAGGGGGCUGAGAGCUUUCAUAGUUGUCAAAGCUCUCCGUCAAAAGCUGAAAUUCAACAUAGACAUUCCACGUGUGGAUGCGCCCAUGGGGAAUCAGGAUAUGGCUGUGAAAAUGGUCAAUGUGAGUCGAAGGGUUCAUCUGUUCCUGAGGAUAACGAAGAUAAAACGGAGGCAAGUAAAUCCAACGGGAACAACAAUUCAAGAGGAGAUAUCGGUGAUGAUUUAUCGAAUGAAGGGGUCGAUAUUGAGAGCACUUGCAGCUUUCCUCAACGCCCAGGACACUUGAAUCUUAACAUCAAUGAUAGAAGUGACCAUUACGAAGUGACCCCUCAUGCCUCGGGCCACAUAGGCGUGCAGUACAGGCGUGGCAGCGAUGACUGUAUAGUGGUCAACGUGGUCGAAUCCCCGACAGGAGAAGACAUAGUCGAACCGUACUUACGCAUUGGUACCCCUCCCGACGAGGAGGAUGAGGACGGCGAUACCCUUUCACCCCAGAACGAGGGGGUUACUCUAAGGCGUGGCACGAAGACACCUAGGCCGAGGUCAAUGUCACAGGUGCCGCUACCCAUCGCUAAGAACCCGUACAUGUCACCACUGUUGGCGCCUGAUAACAUGCUUAGAACUCUGCCGCCCGUAGAUCUCGUGGCGUGCACGCUGGAUCCUAUUCUAGACGACUCCAUCGAGUUCGCCCGUCGCCUGCGUUCGCUUGGGAAGCCUGUGGAGUUAUACAUCCUAGAUGAUCUACCGCACGGCUUUCUCAACUUCAAUCUGCUCGCACAGGAGGCCAAGGAAGGAUGUGACCUGUGUGCAGCUUGCCUUAAGAGAACGCUUAUGGGAAAACGGAAACCUGACACGACCGACCGACCCCCUGUCUAUUAGGACCGGAAGUAAGGCUAUGACUUGUGUGCAGCUUGCCUUAAGAGAACACUUAUGGGAAAACGGGAACCUGACACGACCGACCGGCCCCCUGUCUAUUAGGACCGGAAGUAAGGCUAUGACUUGUGUGCAGCUUGUCUUAAGACAACACUUAUGGAAAAACGGAAACCUGACUCGACCGACCUUCCCCCUGUCUAUUAGGACCGGAAGUAAGGCUAUGACUUGUGUGCAGCUUGUCUUAAGACAACACUUAUGGGAAAACGGAAACCUGACACGACCGACCUUCCCCCUGUCUAUUAGGACCGGAAGUAAGGAGGUCUGUCACCAGUACUGAUUGUUCUUUUUCACCUCGCUUAUCAAAGUUUAGAGAGGAAGAAAAAUCAACACAAAGCUCCAACAAGCGAGUACAGGCAAGCGCAAUGCUCUUUAGUCAUAAGGAUUUGAAAUGUGUAUAUCUGCAAACAAACAAGAGUUCAAUGCUUAGAAAACAUUUCUAGCGUGUAUGUUUUGUAUAGUUCACAGAGACAUGCCUGAGUUCCGGAAGUUUCUAAUAAUAACACUACUUUUGGGGCAUUAUAAUAAUAACAGCCUGUCAAAAAACACUGUUAUGUGUUUUUUUCCGGGAACGAUUACCUUUCGGGACUUGAUGUCUUAGACGAGGAAAAAGAGUCGUUCGUAGGUUGUUGCUACAUCAGAUGAAUUCAUCGAUUACAUUUUUUAACUCCUUGGCUUUCGGCUAAGACGUGAACGUGAUUGUGGGGGAAAUAUGGGAAUGGGGUGUAGGGGAUGCUGCAUAACGGGGUCAAGAAUAUGUCCAAACCCUUUUUAAACGGUAUUAAAGAAUUCUAAAUUACAUAGUACAUACUUACGAGGGUAGUACAGCCUCAAAAUAGCGCCCCAGCAGUUAGGGGAUUCUCUCACAAGUUUCUUUGAAGUUAUUAGCAAAAUGUACAAAAUACAAUGCGAUUUUGAUAUAUAAGUUAUUCAUAGCUAUAUGUUUUCGCAAAUUCUAAUAUUUGUAAAAUUGAAUGAAUCUCAGAUGGCUUUAGUCAUUUCUUAUUUCGAAAAUGUUUUAUUUUGUUUCAAUGUUGCACAAUCAGUGUUUUUUAAUAUUCAAUUGGGAUGACGUCACUAUACUACAUACACCUAUUUCAAAUAUGGUUGCACUAAUGAAUCCUUGCAGGGGCGUAGCAAGGGGGUAGCCUAGGGCCCCCCCCCUUUUAGCUGCCAAAAAAAACCAGUAAAUGUAUGAGACAUUAUCUAAAAUACAGGAGAAAAAGGCCUUUAAAAGUCCCUUUUGGGCCCCCUCUUGUUAAAUAUCCCAGCCACGCCGCUGAUAUGGACGAAUCCUGGUCUUUGAAAGCAAUGUUAAUGUUUACAGGCUCAUUAACAGGAAUGAUAUAGAUUUCCACAACUUGAUUUGUUUCCUUCGCUCUCAUUUAUUAUUCGAUACUAAUAAAGCAUUGUGGAUCACAAUGGAUUCUCCGAUUGCAACCUUAUUUGAAAUAGUUGUAUCAUUGCUUUGUGGUAAGAAAUGGUUGUGCAGCUUUGUUCUGCCUGUAUAUAAUGUAAUCUUAUAUAAAAUUAUAUCCAUGCAUGAUGAAAUCCUAAAAAAAAAAAUAAAAGUGGUUGGGACUUAUUUAAGGGCAAAGUAUUUUAUAAAAAAAAGAUAUUCCAUCAUUCCAAUUGUUACCUGAAUGUUUGAAUAAAAAAGGAGACGUGA